AUGGACGCCGAGUACGAGAGCCAUAACCCCCCAAAUAGUACAGGAACUGAUCUCCAGCCAGAAUUGACUAUACUAUCAUCAACCACGAUAAGAAGUGGCGCAUGCUUCGCUUGCAAUGGCGCUUCGCUCUUUGGGGGCUUCGACAUCGUGGCGGGAGGGCAAUUGGCAGCGCUGCCCGCUUUCCAGAAGCAGUUCGGUGUCCUUCAGCCGUCAGGAGACUAUGUCAUUCCAGCGCUAUAUCUGUCGGCUUGGAGUUCAAUUGCUCCAGCGUGUGAGAUUGCAGCCACCUUCUUCGUCGUUCCCUCACUAGAAAAGUAUGGUCGCAAACCCGGGAUUCUGGUGGCGAACAUAAUAUCAGUUGCCGGUGUGCUCCUGCAACAAUUGGCAACUGAUUGGCGAACGCAUCUCGCUGGUAGAGGGGUGAAUGGUGGGCGAAAGCUCUUCAGUAGCCUUCCUUAA